GACGUUUCCUGAGCUCAUCUGCCCCCAGCCAAGCGGCGAGAUGCCUGGGUUGUGCGCGGACACCUUCCUUCACUGACAGCAGCUGCUGUACGAGACAACUACGGCGGCAACUAAACUCCGCUGUGAAACCCAGCCGGCGGCUUCACAGCUGCAUCUAUUAAACGUGGACAGAAUUAUUAUUCGUUAUUUUUUGACUUGAAUCCGGAUUUAGCCCAGUUAUUUCAAAGAAGCUGAGUAGGACGCCACACAGUAAGAUGGCUUCUGCAGCCGAUUCUAGAUAUGGACCGAAGGAUGCAUCUGAUCAAAACUUUGAUUACAUGUUCAAGCUUCUGAUUAUUGGAAACAGCAGUGUGGGAAAAACAUCAUUCCUGUUCAGAUAUGCAGAUGACACAUUCACAUCAGCCUUUGUCAGCACUGUUGGCAUUGACUUCAAGGUGAAGACUGUUUACAGAAAUGAUAAAAGAGUCAAAUUGCAAAUUUGGGAUACAGCUGGUCAGGAGCGAUAUAGAACCAUCACUACUGCUUACUACAGAGGAGCCAUGGGCUUCAUCCUCAUGUAUGACAUUGCCAAUCAAGAAUCCUUUAAUGCUGUGCAAGACUGGGCAACCCAAAUCAAAACCUACUCGUGGGACAAUGCACAAGUCAUCCUUGUUGGAAAUAAGUGUGAUAUGGAGGACGAGCGUGUCAUUCCUGUUGAGAAAGGAAAACACCUGGCUGAUCAGCUAGGAUUUGAAUUUUUUGAGGUCAGUGCCAAAGAAAACAUCAAUGUCAAGCAGGUCUUUGAACGUCUCGUAGACAUCAUAUGUGAGAAAAUGUCAGAAAAUCUGGAUUCUGAUCCCUCAAUGGCCAGUGGCAGCAAGCACACAAGGUUGACAGACAACGCACCAUCAAUGCAGCAGAACUGCGCCUGCUAGUGGCCACUCACCUUGGUGACUUCUAACCUUUCUGUCGUACUUUUAUUCAGUUUCUCUUUAUAGUUGCAUGUGGUAUGGACGUGACCAAAUUUAAAGUUAUGUAAGUAGUGGAACUAAGAUAUUUCUUGUUGUUCAAAAUAUGUUUAAAUGUUGCUGUCAGAGGUUUGCUUAUUGUUAUAUAAAGUGGACAUUCAAACUAUUAAAACUUUGACUAUAUUAUAAACUAAUGUUGACGUAGAUGUAUUAAAACUGAAUCAUUAUAGUCCUUCUGAAUUGGAAUUUGAGACAUCAUAGCAAAAUCUUUCAGCACAUGUUGUAAUGAAUUUAUUUUCUACUAUCUUUUGGCUUGGGAGGUUGUCAAGAAAGCAUUAUGAAAUAGUAAAUCCUAGUAAUACUGUAGAAGAGAACCUAUCAGAUUUAAGUGAAUAGAUGAGCAGUGCAAGGCUGUAAUAUAGGCAGAAUAAAGCUCUCCAGUUAUUUUGGCACCUUCUGUUCGUAAAACAAAAACAAAAACAAACAAAUACAGAACUAAGUAAUAUAACAAUCAUUUCAAAUUAUUCCUGGAAAGGUAAGAUCACUUCAGGGUUGAUUUCUCUUCUAUGUAAAUCUAUGUACACUUGAUUUUCAGGUUAUAAUUUAUUAAACUUUAAUACCAAAAUCUGAAACCUCCGAUCAUAAAAUGUAAGUUCUCAUUUUGCGUAAUUGGAUAGGGCUGUCCUCCUGGUAGCGUGCAUGUGGGUGAGACAUCUACAUGCCUCUUCAAUAUACGUAGAAUCUCUGACUCAGUAUCCUAGAUUGGGAUGCAAGCAAGUUCCCGAUCCUAAAAAUAGACUAUUUCUGACUAUUACUGUGGUGAAAAUUUCCUGGCAAUGUUGCAAUGGGACCACUACUCCAACAGCUGAGGGGCUAGGAGCACUGGUAAAGAGUAAAUCUUGAAGAUUAACUAAACCAAAUUCUGGUCUUGACUGGUAUAAUAUUUAGCAGCUAAAUGUUAAAGGGGAGAGUCUACAAGCAUUUCUCUCUCCAUGGAUCAUCUCAAGCCCAUUAUCAUUGGGUGCUACAAAUGGUUGCACGUCACUUUCCUCUCCUACUCCUUUUGCGCAGUGUGGUGAAGUGGUUCUGGUGGAAUGCAGUGGCUGAAAAAAGUAUAAGCCUCACAGCUCAAAUACUGCUUCAUUCUACACCAGAUUCCUGCCCAAUUCCAGAUAACAUUACAGAUUCUGGAUCGUUUUGUAUGAUGAAUGUGCUGCUGUCUGAAAGCACAUCAAAAUAUUCAUAUAAAAUUCAUUCCAGUUCGAGAAUGCUUUACAAGAUGAAAGGUAACACAGUGGCUUAAGAAAAACUUGAGAGAAUGAAAGGGCAAUCUGUAAUUUAAGAAGGCAGUCUUCAUUUUCAGAUGUAAAUUAGUUCUCAUUUGAUUGGCACUAUUUGAAGGAACUCAUUUUUGUAUAACCAGUUUAAGAUCAUUUGAAUAGAUAUUCAACUAUAUGCAGUGUCACGAGGGAGAAAACAAAUAUUUAGAAAGCUUUUGAAAAACUUUAAAAGCUGGAAUAACUCACUAAUAACCUUAUUAAAGGCUAUAAAAGUAGGAGUACAGCAGAACCAAUCUGAGAAUGAGAAACAAAAUUGGUGGCAAUCUGCCCUAGAUUUUUGUGUGAUCAUGUCUAUAAAGUGGAAUUGUACUUGGCAGACUUUUUGGCAGUUUUCAUAUGAAUGUAGCAAGCACAACGGCUACCUUUUAAAAUGUUUAUCUUAACUCUGAGAUUUACCACUAGUAUUGGAGACCAUAAAUUGCAUAAAAUGCAUGACCACUGAUGCUGGGUCUGUCUCCUGUACCCUACCAACCCUCCCAACACCCACCACCACCACCAGUAUAAUUGGAUUCUGUCUACCCCACUCCAUAUACAAGUGGUAUCAAAACUGUGUAAGUGCUGUGGAUAAUGUGAGGACAUCAGGAACAUUAAAUUACCUGUCUGAUGACAAUACAUUAAAGAAUAAUCAUAAAUAAUUAAACCUUAAAAUAGAUAUUUAAAUAAGGCAAGCACUGCUCUUGGAACUGUUGUCAGUUAAAUCAACAACUUCAGGAGAUGAUAGAUGAGGAGAAAGACAACAGGAGAAGACAAAUGGGUCACAGAAAGUUAGUACUGAUAGUUAGAAAAAAUAUUGAAGUAGCAAAUUAAAAGGAAUUAUACUCUGCACAUACCCUACACUAUUUCUGACCUCUUGAUUGUUUAGUGCUAGGUUUUGAAGACAAUAGAGAAUAAAAUCCCAUAACCUCAUAUUGAUCAGCAUAAAAUCCAUUCCACUCAGCAGCUUUUAUUUGUUUGUCAAACUUGUUGCAGCUUCUUCAAGAUAUCUUCAACCAAUGAAAAUUACCCUCUUAAAAUAGAACAGAAUUUUAGUUUGUCAGGUGCCUCUGGUGAAAUACUCUGAAUUUCCAUAAAUAUUUCAAGCAAUUUUCCGGCCCCAGGCAAAUGUUGCAGGAGGAGCAAAGAUUUAGGUAGUAUUCAGUUCCAUCAGUUUUCCAGACCACUGCAGUUUUAUUUGAUGCCAUUUCCACUGGAAAUGGGGUCAGGUAUCUAUUUUUCCGAUUCUGCAUGGGUAUAAUAAACUGACAGAAUGAUGUCAACCAUCCAAAUUUUUGUUGGCAUUUCCUCAUUUAUCCCAAUAAUUCAUUCAAACCCUCUGACCAAAGAAGGUGUUAUGUGGUCAUGGGAGUAAUAUGUCAGUUGUAGAAGUCUCAUUCCAUCAUUAUUCCAUGUAUAUUCUAUGUAUUUGUGGAUCCAAAAUCAUUUCAUUUUAAACAGAAAAACAAAUCUUCAUAAGGCUUUUAGUUAUGCCAAAAUUUGUAAAUAUUACAAACUGUAUUUAGGACAUCUGUACCCAAAGUUGUGUCGUCAUCUGUGUUGUGUCUGAAUCCACAUGUGUUUGAUUGAAGAUCUUUUACCCUGUUAAAAUAUUUUAAGAAAAUACAUGGCACUCUACUGAAUUAGAGAUUCAUGUUCAGUACCUCUCAUGGUAAAACUUGACAUUUCUGUUUUGCAUUUCUUCUGAAUCAACUUGUUCAGAGAUUAUGACCUAUCUUUGGAGUUGGUGGAACUUGAACCCAAGCUUCCUGGCUCAGAGAUGGAGACGCUAUCACUGCAUAACAAGAGCCUCCCAAAGCCACGCUUAUGUAUUGUUUUUAUCCAGAAUAUAGGCUACUUUUCUAUAUCCACCCAUUUAUAUUUUUAAAUAUCGCUAAUGCUCCGAAGUAUAACAAAAUUAUUUCAGGAUAAAUUAAAAUGAAAUUUAAAAUCAAGACACUAUCAUUGCAAGUAAUGUAUUGGGAAGUGGAUUUAUUGUGAAACUAAUCCAGUGACCAUUUUAAUAAGCACAUAUUAAAGCAGUGACUGAAAUAAAUCGAUUUCUUGUAGGAGAACACCUACUUUUUUGAAAUUGUUAUCCUGCUGGCACAGAGUUGAGAUGACUAAUUGCUUGCAAUGGCAUGGAAUCUGCAUUGUUGAAUUGUAUUGACACCUCCAUGUCACUUUCCACUGUAGUCAGAACUUGCUCAUUGCCAUGCAGAUCUGUUAAAAUUGAAGUUGGCAGGGCUGGUACAGCAGGCAGCACUAUCCCAAAAUAAAACAGCUUAAAAAUGAAGUGUAUGGCUGCAUGGAUAAUUUAGAAUGUCAAAAUUGACAUUAGGCUGGUUAUGUUUAUCUCUUGCAACUGUUGCAAAGCCAAAGCACUACUGAUUAUGUGAUUGUAAUAACCUCAAAUCACCUCCAAAUUUACUGAAUCUAACAACUCAUCAUCAGCAUCAUACAACGUCAUGCUGUUUGCAUCUAAUUAAAGCCAGAAUUGUACUGAACCAGCACGAACAGUUUCAUAUAACUUAUUUGUAACAGUGCUGUUUUGCAAUUUACAAGAUCCUCCUGACAAAUACAGAUCAUUUUCAGCUUUUGAUAAUGUGAAAUGGAGGAAUGCAAGUUGGCCACCUGUAUUAUAUCUUAGUACUUCUUCUAUUAACUUUUCAAUGGAAAUAAAACCAGAAAAGGUAUAAAUCAGGCUUUCAAUUCUCAUUUUAGCACUUUCACAAAGACAAAAUGAACUUUAGUGAAUAAGAUUUUAUCAUAAAUAUAUUAGUCAUAAUGAUUUAAAGAAAGAGCAUUUGCAAUCCUUUAAAGAUUUAUUUAUUUGACUUUUUUGUUGCUGUCUCUUGAUAUUAGAAUUGCAUUCCUCCCUCUCACAGAACCCCAUUAGUAUCAAUUACAUUUUCCACAGAGAAGAUGAGUUGUUUUAAUCCUCAUUCUGUCUGUAUGAUUACAGUGCAGUCUCUUCAUUGAUAUGGAUAAAUUGUUGUGAAAAAUCCUAAAUAUUAACAGCAAAUGCUGAUGAGUUGACUUCAACCAUGUCCUUAUAAAUCUUUUCCAGUUGACCUGCAUGUUAAUGUUUUUCAGUAACGUUCAAUGGCAAUCAAUAGUGGAAUUCAAUCUUUGAGGAAGUAAAGUCAAUACUUUGACUCUACAUAAGAAAAUCAUUCUCAAUAGUACGGUGAUACCUUUGAAUGGCUGAAUCGAUUUAUCAAUAAGUUAUUAUAAUUUACUUUUUAGCUAAAUUGUACAUAAUAAUCUAUUUAAUACAAAACGUCCAGCACAGACUGCCUUUUAUUUCCAAAGGGAUUUUAAGUUAUGGUUUUGGGAGAAUUUUAACAUCAAUAAAUUACCAGGCAUUGAUACAGGCUUUUACUUUUCAUUCAGGCUUGCUGUAUUUCUAAAUAAUUAUGAUUAAUGGUUUUCCUUAUUUACAAUUGAUUUGAAGCCUUUCAUCUAAUUGUUGUUAAAAUGCAGUGUCGCAGUUAAGGUAAAAGGCAGCAGAUUUACAAUUCAGUCUUUUUUUUAACGGUACAGUUAUUUGUAUAAAGUCAAAUGUUUCCUAUUACUUUGAUAAACAAGAAAAAGCUAUUAAAUCUGAUUGGUUUGGAAUGCUACACAAUGUUCCUGCUUAAGGAUAAAUAGGCCAAAUAAGUGCAAUAUCAAUUGAAAUUGUGUAUUUGUGAGUAUUGAAUGUAAAUAUUUUACUUAUAAUUAUUAACUGGCAUUUCUGUAAACAUUUUUUUAUACUGAAUGAAAUGGAAAAUGCUGGAAAUUCUGAGCAAAUCUUUCAGCAUUUGUGGAGAGAGAAACAAAGUGAACUUUUCUGAUAAAAGGUCACAGACCUAAAGCAAUUGGACUGAUUUUUAUCACUGAUGGCCAAGUCCCAUUGCUGGAGCAGGAAACCGAAUCUGAUCCCAGUUGAACCAGCAAUGGGAUUUAAAGGCAACAUAUUGCCAGCGUAAACCAAUGAAGAGGAUGCUACCAAGGUUUCCAUUUAAUUAAUUUUCCCUGAAAGCUGUCAUUCCAAUCAGAAGAUUGACAGCAAAAGUCUCAGCAAAGCCACCACUACCAGUGACGAUUGACAAGAAUGCAUUAAUAGUGAAUUCAUUAAGCUGUCUCAAUGACAGGCAGUCCUUGAAACAGAUCAGUCUAAGAAAAGGAAAACCGUAACCUAUCAUCCAGACCCAAUAAUCAAUAAUCAAUGCGCGGUGUGUGGUGAAGCAUUGGCAGCCUGGUUGCCAUAGGCGAUGGAAGGCUCAUCAAGGAACAACUGCCCCUAGAAUCUACUUAAAGGUUGCCAUGGUUUACCUCGUAACCCUCCUUUUAGUGCUGAGUUGCAGUAUUUUUUUUACAUUGAUUCAGCUAAGUGGCAAUGGAGGAAGCACAGCAAACAUUACAUGAACUAUUUUUUGUUUGACCUUUACACAAUUUAGCUUGAAGACGUUGCUGGUUUAAUGUAAAUUUUACACAGGAUAAAUGCAAAUGAAUAUUACCAUAAAUAUGUAUUCACAUAUUUAUGCUUUGUGUGAUAUAAAGAUGUCCUUUUCCAGGCAUGAAAGGGCAUAACUUCUCUAACGUUUUCGGGUAUAAAUGUGUACUUUUAUGCUUCAGGAAGGGGAACAGUUAUUUCUGAUACUAAGAGUGCAGAACAGUGCCCAACUUUGAUUAAACAAUCAAAAGAAAUCAAUAAAAUUGGCGCUCAGUAAUUGCAAACACACUUCACAAAGCAAUGCAAAGAGAAAUUCAAGAAAAUAGCUUGAUCAAACAGUUGUAAGAAACAGAGUAACAUUGGUAUGAUUGCUGGGAAUGUUUCACUCUUCAUGCAUUUGCAAUGGUCACCUCACAUGCCUCAGAAACUUUAAAUUCAUUACUUUAAAUUCACCAUGAGUUUGUUACCUUGGCUGGGUAAAGGCCUUUGCUGCCUUACCACUUCUGAUUGUGAUUCAAUGCCUGCUUUAAAGCCAUUCUGUCCUUUUUUAAAUAUUGUCUUUAUGUAUUCUGGUACCUAGAUUGAUAUUAGAAACUGCCUAAGUAGGGCUGGCACACUGUAGACUACAUCAAUGAUGACAAUGAUACACCUCCAUAGGUGACUGUUUGUCAGACAGAACAAACCAGAUUUGCUUUUCUUCUGAGUUGGAAAAUACAGAAGUUCAUAAAGUUCUCUCCAAACAAAGAAGCAGCUGGGUUAUCUUUCAAAGGAAGGUGUCAAAUUUUAAUACUGCAGACAUUCCUGACUAUCAACCAAUAUCCUGGCAAGUUAGAAAGUUCCACUGCUGGUUAUUACUGCACUACAUCUUAUUCUGUUAUUGAAAUGUCAAAAUAAGCUAGGUUUUUAAAGCACUUGUCAACUCACCUUAAUGCUCAUAAAAUAUGCAUAGGAAUUCAUUGCCGAUUGUUGGAAAAACCCAUCUGAUUCACUAAUGUCCUUUAGGGAAGGAUACUGCCAUCCUUACCUGGUCUGGCCUAUAUGUGUCUCCACAGCCACAGUAAUGUGGUUGAUUCUUUCCUGCCCUCUAGGCAAUUAGGGAUGGGCAAUAAAUGCUGUCUAGCCAGUGAUGCCUUCAUCUAAUGAAUGAAUAAAUAAAAAAUCAAAUGUUAUUGAUAACUUAUAACAAGCUUUAAACCAAAGGAACUCAGUUUUCCCCAUAAAUGAUGUCGAAGGCAAAUGUUGAAAUUAAUCUGAAACUAGGUGGGAAAAUAAUAACAGCCACAUUAAGCGAUGAAGUCCUACUGCCCUUGCUCAUGAUCUAAUUUUAACCUGUUUUUCUGAGCAGAUGUGAGGGACAUCACCAAGUGGACACCACCUUUAAUUAUGUAGAUUGGUCUUGGAUGCAACAGACAACAAUUUGAACUGGAGAACUAUGUGCGCAGCUUGUGGUUGUCCUCCAAGCUCCACAAGAUUCAUUUAACCCUCUGGUAUCCAUGGGGUCCCUGAUCUUCCCCAACCUUGCAGCCCAAGGAUUUAUCAUUGUGCUAGAAAUGACUCACUUUCUCCCAAGCAUUAGUGUCUUGCGAUCUGACAUUUUGCUUCUAUAUUCCCUCCAACUAUCUAUUAUGUCUGGCAGGUGACUGAUGGAAUGCCUGUCACCGAAGCCGAAAUCUCCCAGGCCUCAGGCUGUCAAGAACUAGAUGGUUUGCCAUGAGUUAAAACUGGGGCUCUGCCAUUGUGAUCUCAGCUUGGCUAUUGUUGUUAUCUGACAACAUAUUCACCUGUAAUUGGAGUAGCUAUACAUACGGAAUCUUAAAAACUCAGACUCUGUAGCUCAUAAUCUAUAUGACUCAUGGUGAAAAAUCACCACAGAAGUUGGUAUCCUGUCACCAAAUCACCUUUUAUUUACACGUGGAAAAUCCUUGACAUUGUUCCAGCUUCCUCAGAGCCAGCUGUCAGAAUGAACAGAACCUCUGACAAUCCUAUUUAUAUCUGUCAGACAGGGCUGCCUGAUUGGACCGGAUUAACAGCUCCAAUCAGGAAACAUGUAUUCCAUGAUAUUGACCCAGCUGACGUCUAUUGUAGUGACUGUAGAUUCUAAGACCUUUGUAGCACAAAGGAGGCCAUGCAGCCCAUUGUGUCCAUGUACUGCCAAGAAAGAUCUGACUACACAUUCCAUUUUCCAGCACUUUCCCAUAGCCCUGGAAGCUAUAGCAAUGCAAAUGAAUGCCUAAAUAUUGUUUAAAUGCUACAAGGGUUUUUGACUCAAUCGCUCAUUCUUAAGAUAUAAUAAAAUUCAUCUACAGAAAUUAUGCCAUUAAUUAGCUCAUGUAAAACAAGAUCUAAUGGAGGCAUUUCCUAAUACUUUAUGAACGCAUUAAUGCAAGAGGCAGAAUGUGGGUUUAGCUGCUGUAAAUUUUCCAGAUGAUGUUUUAAAAUCCUCAACUCAGAACCUUAGAGAAGCAAUGCGACAGUUUCAAUGAAAAGUGAGAUAGUUUGAGUGAGGAAAUUAGAGGAAUUUGAAUGGUGAACAACCUGUGCUGUGUCUAUCUUCUGUAUUAUCUAAAGGGAAGAUACAGACUGAUAUGGCCAGGGGAAAGAGUCAAUAGGUGUGAAGCUGGAAAAGUACAACAGGUCAGACAGCAUCAGAGGAGCAGGAAAGUCAACGUUUCGGGCCAAAACCCUUAAGUUAGGGCUGGGAAGGGGGCAAUAAAUAGAGGGUGAGGGGUGGGGGUGGGGUAUGGGCAGGUGGGAUGAUGAUCGGGUGUUGUAGGCAGAGGUUAUUGUGAUUAGUCUGUGGGAAAGGUGGGGUGGAUAGGUGACUAGGAAGAUAGACAUAUUAGGACUGGACAGGAGGGGGCUGGCUGGACAUGGGUUAAGGCUGGGUGUGGAGGUGGAUGGAUUUUGAAGCUAGUGAAGUCAAUGUUAAGGCCAUUGGGCUGUGAGCUUCCAAGGCAAAAUACCAGGUGUAGUUCCUCUAGUUUACACUUGGCCUAACUCUGACAUUGGCGGAGGCCAAGGAUGGACAUGUCAGGAUAGUCGGAGGGGGAAUUAAAAUGAUGGCAACUAGAAACUUGGGCUCGUUGAUGUGUGCAGAGUGCAGAUUAUCCAUGAACCGGUCCUCGAGUCAGCAUCUGGUCUUCCCGACACAGAGGAGACCACAGCGGGAGCAAUGGAUGCUUUGGAUCAGGUUGGAUGAAGUGCAGGUGAAUCUCUGCCAGAUCUGGAAGGAUUAUUUGGGGCCUUGGAUGGAGGCAAGAGGGGAGGUGUAUGGGCAGGUAUUGCACCUUUUGCAGUUGUAGGGAAGGGUACUGGGUGUGGUGGAGGUGUUGGUGAGGACUGUAAAGCUGAUAAGGGAGUCGCAGAAUGAAUGAUUCCUGCACAAAGCAGACGGGUGAUAAAGGAAAUAUCUUUUUGGUGGAGGGGACUGACUGUAGAUGUUGGAUGAUGUGUUGGAUUCGGGGAUUGGUGGUGUGGUACACGAGGACUGAAAGGACUCUAUUCUUAUUGUUGUUUAGGGGAGGCAGUUUGAGGGCAGAAAUGCAGGAAAUGGAGGAGAUGUGGUUAAGGCGGCAUCCUUAGUUACAGAGGAGGGGAAAUUACAGUCACUAAAGUAGGAGGAUAUCUGGGAUGUCCUGGAGUAGAACACCUCAUCCUGGCAGCAGAUGCAGUGGAGGCAGAGGAAUUGGGAGUAUGGGAUAGCAUUAUUGCAGGAGGGUCGGUGAGAGAAGGUGUAAUUGAGGUAUUUGUGGGAGUCAGUGGGUUUGAAAUGGAUGUUGGUGUGUGGCUUGGGCAUUUGCAGGCAAUGGUGUUCUCAUGCAUCUACUUCCCAUGUCCUUGCAGAUGGUCGAGUUUAGAAGGUGCUGCUGAAGGAACCUUAUGAAUUGCAGCAGUGCAUCUUGCAGAUGUUGCUGUGCAUCGGUGGUGGACAGGAUCAGGCUUCCCUCUGAUAUGCUACUUAAUAGUAUAGUGGAACUAAUUGUCCGAUUAAGUGGAGAGGUUUAUUAGUGAGAUACUAGAGGCUAGUAAUACCAGGAUUAUUACCAGGAUGCUUCAUAAGUAAAUAAAUAGUUUAAAAUUUCAUUUUACAUUUGUAAGAUUCAAAUACUUGUUCAUUAAAGGCAUGAGUUGCACAAAUCAAAUGACCCAUUGAUCUUUCUAACCUUACGAUCUGUUUUAGGAAUUUCAAGUUUUCGUCUCGAUACAGAGAUGAGUUAAUAACAUUAUGCAGGACUAACUAGCGGUUGCUGGCCAAGCACAAUAGCAGAAUACACUGGAAUGUUGUAGUUGUAACAUGUUUCAGCGGAGCUGGGUUAAAUCUGUAUUCAAACUCUCACUGACAGGAUGAUCUGAUUGUUGUGUAUUUUCACAUUUUGAGCAUUUUCUUUCACUGUCAGCUCGACAAUGCUUUAAUUCAUUUGAGCAUGCAUUCACAAAAAUAGAUGCAUUCAAAGCAUGUGAACAUCUAGAUAUAAUGGGUUUUGCCUCAUCAUUUAAAUUGACAUAUCUAUUAUUGGUUUAAAACAAGUAUGAGGCAUUUAUUUGUGAUGAGUGUUGUUUUGCUGGUUUUGAGAUUGACUGUUCUUCAGGUACAUUCACUCUUGCUGCAUUUGUGGGUUGUGUCCAUUUGAUUCCUAUUCACAGAGACAGGCAGAUGAACUGCUAUCAAUGUUCGACCAAUGUCACAAAAAAAAAUCAGUGGCUUGGAAACCUGACAAGGUGAUGACGCAUGAAUUCUCCUUCCCUCCCUGUGACAAAGUCCCUAGUAUUCAUUGGACAAUAUGUUGUCAUGGAAAGCUUAGGAAGUCACUGCAUUGUAUUCUGACCAGGCUGUUAUGGUGUCAACAGCAACUACGAUAUAAAUCAGCUUUUCUUUUGCAUAUUACACCCUUGAGAUCUUCCCAUGUCACCCAUACCCAAGCAUUUGUUAAUGCGGUAUGUAAUUCAGGUUAUCCUGUGUUUUGAUAUGGUGAAAUCACCUUGAUGGCAUGGUGAAAAUUGGGGUUAACCUACAUUAGUUAGCAUGUUUAAAAUAGAGCACAGCAUAAUCGGUUAUUAUUGUUGCACAGGAAGGUAACUUUAGGCGAAGAAGACUUGCAUUGAUCUAACACAUUUCACAACCACAAGAUGUCCCAAGGUGCUUGAGAAUACUUGUGAAGUUUAGUCACUAAAUUAAUGUAGAAAAUGAAGCAACCAAUUUGUGCACAGCAAACUCCAUAAACAGCAAUGUAAAAAUAUAGGAACAUAGGAAAUAGGGACUGGAGGUAGGCCAUUUGACCCCUCAAACCUGCUCUGACAUUCAACUAGACCACUUUUCCAAAGUAACUUCAUGUUCCUUGGUAUCUUAUCAUCUAGAAAUCUAUCAGUCUCUCAAAAUGACCGGAUAAUUUAUUUAGUAGAGUUGAUAGAGGAAUAAGUGUUUGCCAGGAAUGGAAUGGUUUAUACAUAAUUAGCAUUGCUGUUUUAACAACUGUCAAAAUCUAUUCCUUUUGGAAAAAAAUUACCGCUUGAUACAAAACAUUUAAAAAUCCAAAACUUCAGUUGUUGUAUUUUUGAUUUAAUGAUAACAUUUGAAUCAACCAAUAAUCAUGAAAGCAACUGCAUCACUAAAAUCAUGAUCUUGUUUUCAAACCUUACAGUGAUCUUCACUGGUAUCAGAUAUUGGACAAUGUGUUCUAAUAUAGAUUUUAGGUGAUGUGACGCAAUUAUACUGGCAGGGAAACAUUUAAGAAUGCAGAUAUUUGCAACAUACAUUUUGUAACCUAAACAAGCAUCUUUAAAGAUUUUCCAUGUCUCAAUUUUAAUUUUUUUGUUUAUAUUUACAAUAUUGCAGACCAUUCCCUAGUUUUAAGGAGAAUUCACUAAAUGGAGAAUAGCAGACAAAAGUCUUUAUCUUGUCAUUGCGACAUCUUUUGAAAGCAGGUAUCUUAAUGUCACUUUCUCAGCUGUGGUGACUAUGACACCAAAGAACAUGUCCUGUGAACCUAACACAUUAUACUGGAAAGAUAAAGAUACUGGAUUUAGUACUGGAGUACUAAAAGGCACUGUCUUGUAUUGUUAUACAAUUCAAAAAUACAGUUCAACAGUUACGUCUAAGAUACCCUUUUCAGGAGGACAUCAGACUUUUUAUGUCUUAUGGUAAGUAAAUUGGGAAAUUUUAAUGCUGUAAAAAACAAGUGUUUCAUUUAAAACUUAAAUCAAAAAUAUUUUGGCUUAUAUUUGGAUUGAUGUACAAGUGGGUAGAAAAUGCUAAAAGCUCAUUCUAAGAAUCAACAGUUCAUCAAAUUUCCCAAUUUACAGUAUUACAAAUCUUUUUUUGUCAUAUGUUAGUGAGUAAAGCAUUAGAUUUAAACAGCACUUAACCAGUGUUCAGAGACAAAUAUGAGUGUUGUACAAAACCAGAAUUAAACAUUUAAAACAUCCAUUGUUGCUACUGUUGAUAUUUGCAGUAUAAAAAUGUCUGAGUAAACUUAAAUCAGGUAAUUUUCUUUUUCUUUCAAGAAUGUGCAAGUGUAAAAAUAUGAGGUCCUUGCUCUGGUGAUUUGUUAUAGCUUCAGAAAAACCUCUGGUUAUUGAUAAUAGUUUGAAAAAGUGAUCAUGUAUUUUCAAAUUUUCCUGUGUCUUUUAACAAAAUAAAAUUUAAAAGUUA